AUGGCUCGCCGUGUCUCCGUAGCCAAAGCGGCUCUCGCCGUGCUAACCUUCGCAUGCCUCCUCGCACUUUCCGUCGGCGCAGAAUCGAAAGUGAUCGAGCUGACUAAGGCCAAUUUUGAUGAGGUCGUCGGCCUCACGGACAACGUGUUCGUUAAAUUCUACACGCCAUGGUGCGGCCACUGCAAGCGCCUGGCUCCGGACUGGGAGAAGGUCGCCCUUUUGUACCGCACUACACCGGACAUUGUCAUCGCUAAGCUGGACUGCGAGGCGGAGAAGGAGAUCUGUCAGAAGUUCGGUGUCUCGGGCUACCCCACGCUCAAAUUCUUCCCCGCGCAGGCCACCACCCCGCGAGACUUCGCGGAGCAGCGCACGAUCGACAACAUCGUCGCGUUCCUCAACAAAAAGCUCGGCACGAAGAUCGUGCUGCCGCCGGUGCCGGUGGACGUGAUGGCGCUGACGAUCAAGACGUUCGAUGAGGUGGUCCUGGACCGCGAGAAGCACGUGCUCGUCGAGUUCUUCGCGCCCUGGUGCGGUCACUGCAAGAGUCUUGCUCCUACGUAUGAGAAGCUGGCGCAGAUCUUCAAGCCGGAGAAGGACAUUGUUAUUGCCAAGGUUGAUGGUGAAGCCGAGAAGUUUCUCGCCUCCAGGUACAAGGUGACGGGGUUCCCGACAGUGUGGUGGUUCCCCAAGGACAACAAGGACGGCGAGGAGUACCAGGUGGGACGCGAGCUCAACGACUUUAUCGGCUACAUCAACGCCAAGGCCGGCACCUUCAGGAGUGACACCGGCGGCUACAGCACCCAGGCUGGGCGUGUGCCGGCUCUGGACGAGUUGGCGCAGCAGUUCAUGAAUGCAGAGGGCGAGGAAGCAAGGAAGGCCGUGCUGGCACAGGCAGAGGCGGCUGUCGCUGCUGUGGACCCUGCCAACGUGCUGCAGAGCAAGGGAGCGGCGCACUACGUGAAGGCGAUGAAGGCAGUGCUGGAACCAGAGAAGGGUGAUGCCUACAUUGAGAAGGAGGUUGCUCGUGUUGCCAAGCACCUUGCCGGGGAACUGAAGCUGCCCACACGUGAGACUAUGAGUCUGCGCCACAACAUUCUCUCUGCCUUCCUGCCUCCUCCCCCCCCUCCUGCACCGGCGGCUGCUGCUGAGGAGAGCACGCCAGAGACCGCUGCUGAUGCUGCUCCUGAAGCCGAGCCCAGCACUGCCACUGCAUGA